UUCAAGAAGAGGGGAUGCAAAAGACACCAAGUGGUUUUCUGCGAAAGCCCGACGAAUAAAGGAGCACGGAUAGCGUAUCAAGUACCGCAUCUGCAUCAUUUGGCCUGGAUCUGAAAAGACAAGAGGAGAAAUCUGCUGAACUCUCGCAAAGGAAGGGAUCGUUAUAAUAAGGUUGUGCUGGUGUUACUGUUGGGACCAUGAUCCUAAACGUCUCAGACCUUGGCUGGGAUGAGUCCUCAGGUAUGGACCCUCUCUUCCCGCUGGACCAACAGGACAGCUCAUCCUCACCUGAAGUCCCGCCUCUCACCAUGUGGGGCGUGGCGCUCUGUGUGUCAGGAACUCUCAUCGCCACUGAGAAUGCAAUUGUCGUCACCACCAUCUUGGCCACCCCAUCUCUCCGAGCCCCUGUCUUCCUGCUGCUCGCCAGCCUUGGGCUGGCUGAUCUCCUGUCAGGUGUGGCCCUCAUCCUGCACUUCCUCUUUCAGUUCUGUGUGGAGCCCAGCGAUUGGUCAGAACUGCUGACCUCAGGACUGCUGGUGACAUCGCUGACUGCCUCCCUCUGUAGCCUCAUGGGUGUAGCUCUGGAUAGGUACCUGUCUCUAAGCCACGCCCUCACCUACGGUUCAGGCCAAUCCCGUCGCAGAGCUGCCUCCCUCCUGCUGCUGGUCUGGUUGGGUGCUUGCAUUAUUGGCGCAGGACCGGCGAUGGGAUGGCACUGUCUUGAGGAGCCACAGUCCUGCUCUGUAGCACGACCUCUGACCCGGACAUAUCUAUCACUGCUAUGUGGUGGCUUCCUUGUGGUUGUCAUGGUAACACUGCAAUUGUAUGCUGGGAUCUGCCGUGUGGCACGGCGGCAUGCCCAUGCUAUAGCUACCCAGAGGCACUUCCUCCCCACCAGCAAGCCGUAUGCAAGCAAACACAGCACUGGGAGGGGCUUCUCUCGGCUAUUCCUCGUCUUAAGCGUGUUCGUGGGCUGCUGGAUGCCUUUCUCCCUCUGGGGACUGCUCGGAGAUGCGUCCAGCCCCCCUCUGUACACCUAUGCCACCUUGGUGCCAGCGGCAGGCAGCUCCCUGCUUAACCCCAUCCUCUACAGCCUGAGACACAAAGACAUUCGCAAGGUGCUGCUCCAUGCCUGCUGCCCACACAGAUGCUCCAACAACACGCACAUUCACCAACCCGUGGAUGUGUAGACGGACAAUCUCACCUGAGUCAAAGCAACACACAAUCUACUGUAUGCCAGACAUAUCACUGUUUAUGUGCCAAGACACACAAACACAAACACACACACAAACACACUGCACACAUAAGCAGCACUUUUCAGAGAUGAAGUCCUUUGCUGAAUCAGAAUGUACCGAACUGUCCGAGCUGGCUGCCGAUUUGGGACUAAAUGUACUGUCCUGUGUGUUCUUCGUGCCUGUCAAGUAGCUCCACUGGAUCCCCCAGAAUAGAACAAUCAGAGAGACGCUUCACGGACUUAACAAGCGAUGAGUUUUAAAUACUAACAUACUGACAACAUAUGUGAUCCAAAGUGCAGUUUAUUUACUUGAAUGUCUGGAAAACACAAAGUUCUAGAUCUUUGGAAUUAUAUUUUGCACAUGUUGAUAAUGGCACUUUGAAAGUUACUGACCAUAUGUUCCUUGUUGCACAACCUUUUUGAA